GAUUCUCAUUUCCCAUUGAAGGUCGAGUGACGUUGAUCGGUUCCAGUCGUGACAUGGAGCUCUGACCAGUUGCUCAACCCCUCUGCUCAGCAGCUCACCCGUGUUCCCGCCGAUCGCGUGGCCCGGUCUCCCGACUAUGAUUAAGCGUUCCGUCCCUUCACUUAAUCUCCGCAGUCCUUUCCCAAACGUCUCUCCAUUGUCGUGGGCGAAGUAUCUCCUUCCGUCGUCGAUGCCUUACAUGUUCCGAUAACGCAACUCCUCAACGGAGCGGAUCUGGUGGAGAGACGGAACUUUAUAUACGCGGAGUUCUUCGACGAGAACCCCUCGACAUGGCGCCGCCAGCCACAUUCGCUACGAGUCUGCUGCAGAUAUCGAAAGCGCGCUUUUUGCUGUUGGCGUUGCUGUUGUGCGUCUUUUUCUUCUGGACUCUGAGACCGGCCGACGAGUCCUGGGCGGAUUACACCUGGUCGUCUACACAUGUCGAGGUGCCGAAGGUGCCGCUGGAGGCACACAUAAUGUCGAAAUGCCCCGAUGCUCGAGACUGCCUCGAAUAUCUCGUGCUACCAGCCAUGGCGCAAGUCUCCAACAGAGUCGAUUUCCAACUCUCGUACAUCGGCACCCCCACCAACCACAACGAUGGGAUUGAGUGUAUGCAUGGCGAAACCGAAUGCCUGGGGAACAUCGUCGAGCUGUGCGCCGCGAACCUGUAUCCGGACCCGAAACGGUAUCUCGGGUUCACCAUGUGCUUAUCGAAGCAGUACCAGCUGAUUCCCGACCGCGACUUGAUCGCGGAUUGCGCGCUGGAGUACGGGCUGUCGUUUGAGCGGUUGAAUGAGUGCAUGAGCCAGGAGGACGGGGCAUAUGGGAUGGGUCUUCUUCGAUCAAGCGUGGAGCGUAGCGCGGAGGCGAAUGUGACAUAUAGCUGCACAAUACGACUUAAUGAGGAGAUACGAUGUGUUCGGGACGAUGGCACUUGGAAACAGUGCGAGCGCGGCUCCAGCGUGGAAUCUCUGAUCGCUGAUAUUGACGAUAUAUAUAAUAAACUGGAGACACCACCGACUACAAGCGGUGUCCCUGGAGAGAGAUAAGCGGAGAUAUAUUAGAAUAAUAUCCAACACUGCAUCUGCGCCG